AUAUUUCGACAAGCAGCUCGCAUCACAAGUCACAACGGCUACCUUCCGAAGAAGAAUUACAGCUCACGAUUCACACGAAGAAUUGAAAACUUUUGAAGGCAAAAUGUCCAAAGCUUCACCAUCAAACAUGGCUGCCGGAAUUGCGGCGUUGCUGGUCUUCAUCGUCAAACUGAUACUGAACUACCUCAGUGGCGGUGGAAAGGGACCUUUUCCAAGGAGCAAUACAAACGUUUCGAAUGUAUUCUACUUAGAAAUCACUCCAGCCGGCUGGGCUUUCUCAAUAUGGGGUGUAAUUUACACUUUGAACGGAGGCUACAUCAUCUACGGUUUAUCAACGCUAUUUCGAGAUUUCCCUGCGAUAUUUUCCGUCAAAUUCUUCCUGUCUUGUAUAGUCAGUGAUGCUUUCAAUAUUGCUUGGCUGUUCGCUUUUUCCUACUUGGAAAUCGGUUGGAGUUGUGCUGCGAUAAUCAGCUAUACCCUAGGAUUGUAUACGGUCCUUGCCAUUAUAUACAAGAAUUACCAAUCGCACAAGAAAGAGCUUGAGACACGGUUUAGCAAAGAUGCCUGGGCUAUUAGAAUUUUAGCACAAAACGGUGCAAUGAUGAAUGCGACUUGGGUAUCAAUUGCGACAUUACUCAACGUUGCCAUGGUGAUGCACUACAAAUGGGACGUUGACCUCUCGCUGUCUUGCAACAUCGUUCUUGCGAUUCUAUUGGUCGAGCUUGUGAUUUGGUUCAGUUUGGAAAACUUCAGCAAGCUCCAAAGCCCCCUUAACUACAGUUAUACCGACUGGCCUGUAGUACUGUGGGCACUCUCAGCAAGCCUGGCCAAGAAUUACGACCCUAGUCUAACGAGCUCGAAAUUCACAUUGGCGCUGCUAAUAAUUUCUGUCAUUGCAUUCAUUGUUCGAGUUGCCUUGCAGAUUGUCAGAAACCAUAUCUCAUCUUAUACAACCGUUUAAAAUUACAGAUAAACCUCAUAAAGACUAUCAAAACCUCAGCAUUAGCCCCAUUACUUUUUAGUGAUGACUAAUGUAUUGCGCAUCCGAUACGAAAUUUUUUUGUGAAUAAUUUACUGAAUAAUGUUUAAUUAAAGAUAUUGUAAGAAACAAAUGAUAUAUAUGGAUGCUGGAAUAUUAAUAAAUUGUAUGAUCAGAGACGUUAACUCAGGAUGAAAUAUAUAUAUCAAUAGAACUGUUAGCGUUAGUCAAUCUUAAAUCAUAAUGUGAAGAGUGUAAUUUUUAUCAAGAAUAUA